AUGUUGUUGGGCCCUGCACCAACCAAAUCAAAUGGUGGAGCCAGAAAUCCGAGGUUUUGCAAAGUUCAAGGAAUGGAAACAGAAACCGAGAAUCAAACUGGAAGAAAGAUCAAGUACCUGAGAAGUGACAAUGGAGGUGAAUAUACAAGUAAUGAGUUUACGAUUACUGCAAGCAAGAAGCAUCAUAAGGCACUUCACAGUAACGAAGAAUCCCCAAAAUGGAGCUGCUGA